AUGAACAGUCAAGCUGGAGAAGUUCAUUCCACAGGAAGCGACUAUCAGUUCCACAAGAACGAAAAGAAUUUCGGCCGGCUGCCUCCUCCCUCCCCUCGGCAUUCCCACCUGUCAGUCCUCUCCACGGCUCCGACCAACCUCACAUCUGCCCCCGUGUUCCUCCUCCUCGGCCUGGAGGACGGAACAGACGCCCACCCGCUGCUGUUCCUGCUGUUCCUUGGCAUCUAUCUGCUCAACGCCCUGAGCAACCUGGGCAUAGUGGUGCUGGUGAGGUGCGACGGGGCCCUCCGCUCCCCCAUGUAUUACUUCUUGGGUCACCUGAGCCUCGUGGACGUCUGCUUUACCACCGUCACGGUCCCCGGGCUGCUGGCCGGCCUGCUCCACCCGGGCCAGGCCAUAUCCUUCCAGGCGUGCUUCGCCCAGAUGUACUUCUUCGUGGCUCUGGGCAUCACCGAGGGCUGCCUCCUGGCGGCCAUGUCCUACGACCGCGCGACGGCGGUGUGCCGGCCCCUGCGCUACGGCGCGCUGGUGACGCCAUGGCGCUGCGCCGCGCUGGUGCGUGCGUCGUGGGCCGUGGCGCACCUGCACGCUCUGCUGCACGCGCUGCUGCUCUCCGCGCUUUCCUACCCGCGCACCGCCCCCGUGCGCCACUUCUUUUGCGACAUGGCGGUAAUGCUGAGCGUGGCGACCUCGGACACGUCCGCCGCGGAGACGGCCAUCUUUUCCGAGGGCCUGGCCGUGGUGUUGGCCCCGCUGCUCGUCGUGUUCUUCUCCUACGCGCGUAUCCUGGUCGCGGUGCUCCGCUUGCGCUCGGCCGGCAGCCGACGCCGCGUCUUCUCCACCUGCGGGGCCCACCUGGUGGCGGUGGCUCUUUUCUUCGGCUCCGUCCUCUCCGUGUAUUUCCGGCCGUCGUCUGCCUACUCGGCCCGCUACGACCGCCUGGCUGGUGUGGUCUACGCGGUCAUCACGCCGACCUUGAACCCUUUCAUCUACAGCCUUCGCAACAAAGAGGUCAAGAGCGCUCUGAAGAGGGUGCUCAGAUGGAGGACUGCACCCCAAGAGGCCUGA